GCGCGUACACAGGCCGUGCAGGCGCGCCGGGCGCGGGCCAAGCUGGAGACUCGGCAGAGAGCGGCGGGCCGCCUCUCCCCGGGUCUGGCAAGCAACUCCCAGCCCGCGGGGCUCUCGGAAGAGAACAGAGCCCCAGCUUCCUCCUCCUGCCAGGGAAAUCAGAAAGAAUGAAAGCGUAUUUGAAGAGUCCCGACGGUUUUUUUGUCCUGAAGAAAAGCACCACCAUCGGCAAGCAUGAAGAUUCAGACCUCGUCUUACAGUCCUCAGACAUUGACAACCACCACGCGCUCAUCGAAUUCAACGAGGACGAGGGCACCUUUGUCCUUCAGGACUUUAACACCCGCAACGGCACGUUUGUCAACGAGUGCCACAUUCAGAAUGUGGCAGUGAAGCUGAUCCCUGGGGACAUUCUGCGGUUCGGGUCUUCGGGGCCGACCUACGAGCUGGUCAUCGAGAACCCGUCCCAGGUCUCCUGCCCGUGGGUGAGGGGCUCAGGACCUUGGCCAAAUCCACAGUCACACCUGCCGUCCUCGCCCCCCACCAUGCCCUUCCACCAGGGCGUCCGGUCAGCCUCGGUACAAAGAAGUUGGUCGCAGGGUUGUCCCAGACCCACCGUGGUCCCCCCAUCUGCUCCUCACCAGCGGCCCAUGAGUGCCAGUGGGAAGAUGUUUUCCUUUAUGAUGAACCCAAAGUCUCCUGUCAUCAAGCAAGUGUGGGCCAGCGCCAUGGAGAUGUCAGAGCAAGGCUUGACCGAGGGCAUCGCUGGGAUAGUACCUCCCCCCGAGAUCUUCGUGGACCAGGACCUAGGCCAGCAAGACAAGGACGACAUCAUCCUGCUACUGGGGAGAGAGAUUAACCGGCUCUCUGACUUUGAAAUGGAGUCCAAAUAUAAAGACGCGGUGAUCAUGAACCUGCAGGCUGAGAUUGCCGACCUAAGUCAAAGGUUGUCUGAGAUGGCUGCAGUUGUUGCCGCCGCCAGGCAGAGCAACAGGUGCGACCCCCGGUUCCAGGACCUGGAUGAAGGGGACGAUCACAGGCAGAAGGAGAUUGAGAGCAUGAAGAGCCAGAUCAAUGCUCUUCAAAAAGGCUAUAGCCAGGUGCUGAGUCAGACCCUGGCAGAGCGCAACACGGAAAUCGAAUCCCUGAAGAGCGAGGGCGAGAACUUAAAGAGAGACCAGGCCAUCACAUCAGGGAUGGUGACAUCGUUACAGAAAGACGUGUCAGCGCGCAACGAGCAAGUUCAGCAGCUGCAGGAGGAGGUAAAUCAACUGAGAAUCCAGAACAAGGAGAAGGAGUACCAGCUGGAAGCCCUGACCUCCAGGUGUUCAAAGCUGAAAGAAGAUCUGAGAAAGGAAGAGGCUCAGAAGGAUCGCAGGGAGGCUCAGGAGAAAGAGCUGAAACUGUGCAGAAGUCAAAUGCAAGAGAUGGAGAAAGAAGUGAAGAAGCUCAGAGAGGAACUGAAGAAGAACUACACGGGUCAGAACGUCAUCUCCAAGACGCUGCGAGAAAAGACCAAGGUUGAAGAGAAGCUUCAGGAAGAUUCCAGAAGGAAAUUGCUUCAGCUGCAAGAAAUGGGGAACAGAGAGAACCUCAUUAAAAUGAAUUUGGAAAGGGCAGUAGGCCAGCUAGAGAACUUCAGAAGCCAGGUCAUCAAAGCCACCUUCGGGAAAACAAAGCCAUUCCGAGACAAGCCGGUCACCGACCAGCAGCUGAUAGAGAGGAUUGUCCAAGUCACCGAGGACAACCUCAGCUUCCAGCAGAGGAAGUGGACCCUGCAAAGGGAGACCCAUCUACACUCCAAGCAAGAGGAGGUCGUGCAUAACGUGGAGAAGCUGAGGAUGCUGCUGGACAAGUGCCAGGCUUGCAUGAGAGAUUCCUGCAAUAGCAUGGGCCUGAAGAUGGAGGUGGAGCUCCUCCAGCACCUGCAGCUCAGCCCGCCCGUGUUGGGACUUCAGAAGGCUGUACUGAACAUCCUGAGAGUGUCCCUGUCCUGGUUGGAGGAGACAGAGCAGCUGCUCGGGGACCUCAACAUCGAGCUGUCGGAUUCCGACAAAGGGUUCUCCCUGUGUCUGAUAUACCUUCUGGAACAUUACAAGAAGAUUAUGAUCCAGUCCGAGGAACUUCGGGCCCAGGUGAAUGCUUCUCUGGAAACCCAGCAGUCUCUGCAGGAGGAGAACCUGGCUGAAAAGGAGAAGCUGACAGAGAAGCUAGAACAAGAAGAGAAGCUGAAAGCCAGAAUCGAGCAGCUGACAGAAGAGAAGGCGGCUCUGGAAGAGAGCACCGCAGAGGAGAAAAACAAAUUGCAGGAGGACCUGGAGACGGCACAAGCUCGGGUCCAUGAGCUGGAGGACGACUUGGCUUCUCAAAAGGAGGUCUUGGAGAGCAGCCUGACUCAAGAGAAAAGGAAAAUGCGGGAAGUGCUGGAGGCAGAAAGGAGGAAGGCACAAGACCUGGAGAAUCAGCUGACCCAGCAGAAGGAGAUCUCAGAGAGUAACACGUACGAGAAACUCAAGAUGAGAGACACUCUGGAGAAGGAGAAGAGGAGGAUACAGGACCUGGAGAAUCGCCUGACCAAGCAAAGAGAGGAGAUAGAAUUAAAGGGGCAGAAAGAGGACAUCUUAAAUAACAAAUUGAAGGACGCCCUGCUCCUGGUGGAGGACGCUCAGCAGAUGAGGACAGCCGAGAGUACCAGGGCCGAGAAGCUCUCCCUGAAGUUAAAGGAAACCUUAGCAGAGCUGGAAAUAACCAAGGCGAAAAUGAUCAUGGCGGAGGAUCGGCUGAAGCUGCAGCAGCAGUCGAUGAAGGCCCUGCAGGAUGAGCGGGAAUCCCAGAAGCACGGCUUCGAGGAGGAGAUCACGGAGUACAAAGAGCAAAUCAAACAGCACUCGCAGACCAUCGUGAGCCUGGAGGAAAGGCUCAGCCAAGUGACUCAGUACUACAGGAAAAUAGAAGGAGAGAUAGCAACAUUGAAAGACAGCGAUUCAGCUCAAAAGGAGGAAGUGCCCCAAGAGUUCACCAUAGUACCCUCCCUGGACAGCAGUGCCAAAGAAAUAGCGUGCGACCACCUGAUAGAUGACUUACUAAUGGCUCAGAAGGAAAUCCUGUCUCAGCAAGAGAUUAUCAUGAAGCUGAGGACAGACCUCGGGGAAGCCCACACGCGGAUGUCAGACCUGAGAGGGGAGCUGAGCGAGAAGCAGAAGACUGAGCUGGAGCGGCAGGUGGCCCUGGUGCGGCAGCAGAACAGUGAGCUGAGCAUUCUCAAGGCGAAGGUGGUGCAGACGACCGGCCUGGUGGAGAAGAAGGACCGGGAACUGAAGGUCCUCAGGGAGGCGCUCAGGGCUUCCCAAGAGAAACCCAGACCCUACCUGAGCACGGAGCAGAAGCCUAGGAACCUGAGCCAGAAGUGUGACAUCUCAUUGCAGAUAGAGCCAGCCCACCCAGAUUCAUUCUCCAGCUUCCAAGAGGAGCAGUUCUUCAGUGACCUGGGGGCCAAGUGCAAAGGGUCUCGACACGAGGAAGUCAUCCAGCGGCAGAAGAAGGCCCUGUCUGAACUCCGAACACGAAUCAAAGAACUGGAGAAGGCCAACUCCUCCAAUCAUAAGGACCACGUGAAUGAGUCGUUCCUAGAGCUCAAGACCCUCCGAAUGGAAAAAAAUGUACAGAAAAUAUUAUUAGACGCAAAGCCUGACCUGACAACUUUCUCAAGAGUAGAGAUCCGACCGCCUCUGAAUGGCCCUUUCAGCUCGGGCUCCCCCUUUGCCAUGGAGAAGACCAUGAAGACGGAUGCAGCGGAAGCCUUAGAGCUCAGUGAGAAGCUGUACACGGACAUGAUCAAGACGCUCGGCAGCCUGAUGAACAUCAAGGACAUGUCCAGCCACAUGUCCCUGAAGCACCUGUCCCCGAAAGAGCGGGAGAGGGUCAACCACCUCCGACAGAAGGACCUGGACCUGGUGUUUGAUAAGAUCACUCAGCUCAAGACCCGGCUUCAGAGGAAAGAGGAGCUCGUGAGGGGAUACGAAUGGGAACUGGAGCAGCUCAGGCAUAGCAAAGUGUCCGUUCAGAUGUACCAGACACAGGUAGCGAAGCUGGAGGACGAUAUCCACAAAGAGGCCGAGGAAAAGGCGCUGCUGAAGGAGGCCCUGGACCGCACAGAGCAGCAGCUAAGCCAGGAAAAGAGACUCAACAGGGCCUUCAAGCAGCAGAAGGAUCGAGUAGAGGAUCAGGAGCAGAGAAACUCAUCCUGCAGCUGCCCCUUCAAAGACAAUGAAAAACAGAGACGCAUAUUCGUAGAGAUGGUCAAGAGAAAGAUGCAGGACUCGAGUCUCCAGGCUGGAGCCAAGAAAGCCACCCUGAAGACAGGCCAGGAGAGAGAGAUAAAGAAGGAGGUGUGCAAGCCCACCCAGAGCCUUUCAUUCAUUAAACCCGGCGGAAAGAACUAGAAAACGCACCGUCCCGGGGCUUCACGUGAUCCUGACUCUCCAGGAACAAGUACCGAGGGACUUUUUGUAACAUGUUAAAUAUGGAUGCUUGGACGUUUUUGCCUUCUAGGUUAAUAUUUUCCACAGGACAUUGUUUUGGACUAUGUGAGGAGAAGACCUUUUAAAAUUAUCUAUAAAUGUAUAUAAAUGCACGUAUAUAAAUAUGUUAUAGCGCAGACUCCUGAUGCUCGUGGAUACAGUUGUUCAGUUUGGGUUCUGAUGUCCCCAGGCAUUGGCUCCUCCGGGGAGCUGCAAAGAGACCCAGCUGGAGCCACAAGCCGACAGGGAUGCCCGAAGUACUCGGCCAUAGUGUAGUGAAUGUAUAUCUGAGUUUAUUAUAAUAAAUUUAGAAUGCCAGUCAACACUGUCACUUCUGUCAUCCUGACCGACAUCUCUGUGGCCCUUUGUAGUCCUCAAAACAUUUCUCAGUCCUCUCCCCAAGCCCUACCUUGCUGAACUCCAGAGAGGUUGGCUGACCCGCCUAGCCACUCAGCCGGUAAACGGGUCCUGCAAGGCUGAUUUCAUUGUGUGCGUUUGGUUGGUUGGGUUUUGUUUUGUUUGUUUUUUCAAGACAGGGUCUCUCUGUGUAGC